AUGAACCUCAACAGUUUACCACCCCAUCCUGACCAGAAACAACCACACCAAGAAAAACCCCACGAACGCCCAGCCAAAUCAAACUGGUUCGAUCGGAAGACUCUAUGGAUAGGGAUCAUCCUCAUCUUAUAUGGAAUAUUCGAACUAUCCAGUCACCAGUCGAACGUCCCUAAAAACAGCAAGAAUCCUAAUCAUCCACUAGAACUCUUGGACUUUAGUUCACUCCCUGGGUUUUUCAUCCAAGACGAUCGCGAUCAGGAUCCUCAAGACUUCCACAUCUACCAUCCUAACUCGUCUUUCGGUCUCAUCGAUCAUCGCUCCCCGGAUCGAUGGAUUCAAUUCCAACAAAAAAUCAAACACCUCAUCGAGCACAGCCCGAGUGAUGCCAAGCACAAAGUGAUCUUUAUCGCGCGACAUGGUCAAGGAUUUCACAACCUGGCAGAGUCGAAGUACGGGACACCUAUGUGGAAUUGUUAUUGGUCUGAGAAAAUGACAGAUGGUCAACUUGUUUGGGGACCAGACGCACGAUUGAGUGCUCUCGGGAAGGAUGAAGCCCAACAAGCUGCAAAAGCUUGGACAAGAGAACUAGCCCAUCACGCCCCCCUUCCAGAACUUUUUAUCCUCUCGCCAUUAAGUCGGGCUAUCGAAACCAUGCUCAUCACUGGGGUGUGGAAACACGUUGCCAAUCACUCGGAGUAUAAUGAGAAACCACAACCAAAGAUAAUUGUAGCAGAGAAAUGGAGAGAGAAUAUUGGUUUGCACACUUGUGAUCAACGAAGAUCGAAACAAAGCAUCUCCAACGAUUUUCCAAUCGUCGAAUUCGAAAAUGGAUUUAAUGAUCAUGACUUGCUUUGGACUCAAGACUUACAGGAAACCGAUCAACAAUUAGACAUUCGGAUCAGAGCAGCCCUGACAAACGUUUUUCUAGACCCAAUGAGUUGGAAUCUUACAUAUAUUUCGAUCACCGCUCAUUCGGGAGUGAUUUCAUCGUUGUUGAGAGUUCUGGGACAUCGACCAUGGCCCACUGAGACGGGUGGAAUGAUCCCACUGGUCGUUCGUGCGACGCCCAAGAAAACUCCCACUCGGCCUCCUAAUCCCGGGCCUAGUGCUACUAAGCCCCCUUGUCCAACAUCUUAUUGAAACGGGUUGACUCUUUGUUUUCCAUGCAGUCCUUCCCGCAAAAGGGCGAUGGAACAACAAAGCAUUUGGUCACUUGCUGAGUCGAAGAUUGUCCGGUUAUUCUUGCUUGCUGAAAUCGGGAAAGGACACUUGGGUUCUGGGCAGACAUUGUCAGGUUUCUGUUUCAUAUGCCUCACAUGUUGCUGAAUGGUUGACGGGAGAGGAGGAUCAUGUUUUAAUAUCUGUAGUGCAUCCUUUCUAUAUCGUUUGUACCAACCGAAUUCUGUUUAUUAGUCUUUCUUAAUGAUGAUAAAAAGUUUACUGCCUCGAG